GCCUCUGCCUUCUCACUCAUAACAUCAUGGUUAUAGCGUGGUUAUAUGCUUAUGGGUAAUAAUUUUGCACAGUAACAUGCCAAUAAAUGUGGCACACCCAGAUUUUCAGAUGCACACCCAGAGUCUCUUUUCUGGUUACGCUUCACCUGUAAGUGCCCCAGUAUAAACGUCUGAAUUGAUCUGAUUGGAGUUAAUCAUGUGGAAUCCUGCAAGGUCCCGCCUUUUUGCACUCCACGUUCGGACCUAUGCAAACAUUGGUCGAACUGCAUCUCAAUCAUUACCCUCAGCACCACGGCAUAUUAAAAUGGCGGCAGGUUUCAGCUCCACCCUGCGUUAUUUAGCACCUUUAUCAAGUUCAUUUCAGUUCAACAGCCGCAGUGCAGAUAAAAGCAAACAUCAGAGUGCAAGGUCUUUGAGCACUGAGAUGGGGAAAAGUCCAAUACUGUCUGUACAGCCCAGUCGAGGUCUGGUGGAUGAGAUGUUUCAGAUUGUCAUAAUGAAUUUAUUGCCAAAUCAGGAGGUGACGCUGCACUCUUUACAUCAGUCAGAAGAUAAGGAUUUCUGGGAGGCAUUUGGACACUACAUCAGUGAUGAACAUGGAACAGUGACAGUGUCCAAAGAUGAAAGUUUGGGAGGCACUUAUGAAGGGACAGAGCCGAUGGGGUUGCUAUGGAGCAUGAGGCCUGUACCAGGAAGUCGAAGUGGACUCCGGUUGCGCAAGAAGGAUGUGCUCUCACCAAUGGUGGUUCACAUUUCCUUAUACAGUGGUCAUUUAUCUGAAGGUUUCAGACAGCAAACAGCUUUGGCAACCAGUGUCACAGAACGCUGGUACAUAGCAACAGGUGUGCAGAAGGUGGAUGUUAGAGAGAAGGGAGUUCGAGGAACAAUAUUUUUUCCUCCAGGCCCAGGACCUUACCCAGGAGUGAUGGACCUUUGGGGAGGAGGUGGUGGUUUAGUCGAGUAUCGCUCAGCCCUGCUUGCAUCUCAUGGUUAUGCCUCAAUGGCACUAGAGUACAUGAAUCCUAAGGAUCAGAAAACAGCAGAUAUUGAUGCCUCUUACUUUGAAGAAGCAUAUAAGAUCCUCCAGAGUCACCCGAAGGUACAAAAGGAUCGACUGGCUAUGCUUGGGUUAUCAUUUGGAGGCUCAGUUGCACUCAGCUUGGCGGCCUACUCCAAAAUCGUCAAGCCCCAGUGCUGUGUGUGCAUUAGUUCGAGUCAUGUGGUUUCUCUUGAGAAAUCUAUCAUAAAAGCAUUUGAGGAUAUGUUAAAAAAUGUGUAUAAGAUGCGUGUGCAUGGAGAUAACCAGUUCAUCAACAUAAACUUUAUCCCGUCAAUUCCCUCAGACCUGACUCUCAAAGUGGAUGUUGGAAAAAUAAAGUGUCCGCUUCUGUUAGUGAACGGUGAUGAUGAUGAUAACUGUCCUUCUGUUAAAUCUGCGGAAAAUAUGGAAGAUAUUAUGAAGAACGCAGGAAAUCUUCACUUGUUGGAAGUCCUGACCUAUCCUGGUGCGGGUCAUCUGAUUGAACCUCCUUAUACACCUCACAUCCAUGCAAGUAACUUCAUCUUUCGAGGUGGUGACAAACGUAAGCAUUCAUUCAACUUUAUUUUAUUAAUAUAGCAUUGAAUGUGUAAU